ACGAAGAGGAAGAAAAGAGUAAUAAUAAAGACCCUGAUGUUGGUAUGGAGUUUCAUAGUAAAGAGGCAGUUUAUGAUUUCUAUAAGGCUUAUGGUAGAAGAGUGGGCUUUCCUGUUAGACAAUGAACUUCAUAAAGACAAAACAGGCAACAUCACUGCGAUUGUCUUAGAGUGUGCUCGUGCUGGAAGUAGGGCCAGCCGGUCACAAAAUGUUUUGAAGCCUCAACCUUCAAUGCAAGUCGGUUGCCUUGCAAGAAUAAGAGCACGUACAAAUUACGCCGGAGGAUGGGUGAUUUCAAAGUCUUGUUUAGAUCAUAAUCAUGAUAUGAGUCCUACCAAGGCAAGACUAUUUCGGUGUAAUAGAAAGUUGACACCGCACAUGAUGAGAAACCUUGACAUUAAUGAUGUUGUGGGAAUACCAGUUCAGAAGAGUUUCAACUCCGCCGUUGUGGAAGCCGGUUGAUAUGAAGAACUUCCAUUUAUUGAAAAGGAUUGUAGGAACUACAUAGAUAAGGUGUGCCAACUGAGACUAGGAAAUGGUGAUGCAAUGGCCAUUCAAGACUUCUUUUGUAGGAUGCAAGCUCAAGGCCCCAAGUUUUUUUCAUGAUUGAUUUGGAUGAGGAGUCAAGGUUACGAAAUGUGUUUUGGGUGGACAAUCGAUGUCGAUAUGCCUACAAAGACUUUGGUGAUGUCAUAACUUUUAACAACAUAUCUUACAAAUCGAUACGAUAUGCCAUUUGCCCCAUUCGUUGGAGUUAAUCACCAUGAUCAAUCAAUCUUGCUUGAUUGUGGCCUAAUCUCGAGUAAAGAUACACAAACAUUUGUGUGGCUUUUUAGAGCUUGGCUUGAAUGUAUGAAAGGUUGAGCCCCAAACGGAAUUAUUACUGACCAAGAUCGCGCCAUGCAAAACGCCAUUCAAAUUGUUUUCCCAAAUACGCAGCAUUGAUGGUGUCUAUGACACAUCAUGAAGAAGCUACCGGAAAAUCUUGGAGGAUUUACCGAUAAAGAUGAAAUUAUGUCCGAAAUACAUGACGUAGUAUAUGACUCACAGUUCCCUGCUUAGUUUAAAUUUGGUUGGAAAGCAAUUCUGGAAAGGUAUUCACUUCAAAGUGAUGAUUGGCUUGGGGUGAUGUACAAUGAACGUCAAGGGUGGGUACCUUGUUACCUUAAACCUACAUUCUGGGUGGGUAUCUCCAGCACACAAAGAAGUGAGAGCAUGAACGCAUUCUUUGAUGGUUUUGUGCACUCCAAAACAAGUCUCAAACAAUUCGUGGCAAUACGGUCGGACUUUGAGAUGUAAGGCAAAAAAAGAGUUUCAUGCAGACACAAAAUCAUUUACAAAAAUGAUUCCGUGUGUUAGUAUAUUUGAAAUGGAGAAACAAGUACAAGGACUAUACACACUAGCGAAGUUUAAGGAAUUUCAAGAAGUAAUCGACAAGCUUUAUUGUGACCUACUUGAAUGUGAAGAUGGAAAAACAUUUCAUGUGAAAGAAGUGAAACGAAUUAAUGGGUUUGCCAAGACUACUAACUACAUAGUCGAAUAUGACAAGACCUUGAAUGAAGGCCAAUGUAGUUGUCAUUUAUUUGAAUUUAGAGACAUCGUUUGUAAACAUAUGAUUACAGUCCUAAUGCGCAAUGGAGUGGACAUCUUGCCC